CGGUCUCGCGAGUCGCGCACUGCGAUGAUAAAUUCCGUGCGUUACAGCUAUUGUCCUCGCGCUUGAAACGCAACACCUGCACGACUAAACUAAAGCCUUUCGCGACAGAGGAAAGCAUGACAGAUAAGGGGAACAUCCGAAACGAGGAGGACUAUGUUGGGGAGAUCAAAGGGGGUCUACGGCCGACCAUGAGGCUGGUAGUGAUGGGUAUUGUUCACAAGCAGCCCAAAAGUAUGGUAGUGUUAGUGGCAUGCCAGUCUAAAGGAGAGGGGGAUGAGGAAAUCGAGGGUGAUGUGGGUCUGGAGUUGAAGGUGAACUUUUCAGAAAAGGCUGUGCUUCGUAACGCUCGUCUGUCAGGAAAGUGGGGCGCUUCAGAAACUGCCCUGUCUUUCUUCCCCUUUGCUCCAGGAGAGCCCUUUAAGAUGGAGAUUGUGUGCGAGCACCAGCAGUUCCGUAUUCUGGUGGAUGGGCAGCCGUUGUGUGGUUUCACUCACAGACUAACUCAGCUCGCAUCUCUCACUGCUCUUAGAGUCCAUGGAGACCUACAGCUCACCAAAGUGGCUUGAGCAAGUGAAGAAUUGUCUGCCAUGAUGACAUAGACUAUUCAUAGAAGCAACUUAGCUGAGGUCUUAGAAUCCUGAGCGUAUUGUACACAAUUGUCUUAAAAUUCCAGAACUCCCUCAGUUCAUUUAAAACAUUUAGAACUCAAUUCAGUUGGGUCUGUGUUUGUUUUGGUAGGCUAAUUUGCCAUUUUGUAAAGUUUCUCCAGUGAUAUUUAUUUUUAGUGGCAAAUGAGGCUGUUCAGUUUAAAAUGGUUUUGCGUUUGUUUGGACACAUUUGUAGUAGAAAAUAUGAUCUGAACCAGCUUAAAUCAAUCCAGAUAACAAUUCAAAUUAAGAAUGAUUUUCCAUAAACUAGCUCAGAUAGAAGAUUUCUUUCAUAUAGUUUUUAUAAUA